CUUUCUUUGUGAUAGAUUUUGGCAGGACAUUUGGGCAGUUAUGGAUGACAAUAAUUGUAGCUGUACACAAGGAGCCACAACUUCUGAGGCACUCUUCUCCUUUGGAGUCAUAACAGACAUUCAGUAUGCUGAUCGAGAAGAUGGCUAUGAUUUCUGCGGACUGAACAGGCGAUAUUAUAAGCAUAGCCUAUGCCAUCUCCAGAGUGCAAUCGAAGACUGGAAUAGAACAGAUGUUCAGUUCGUAUUACAAUUUGGGGACAUCAUUGAUGGCUGCAAUGCUGAACUUAAGAUGUCAGAGACAGCACUGGGAAGAGUCUUGGAAGAAUUUAAGAAGCUCAAGGCCCCAGUCCAUCAUAUAUGGGGCAACCAUGAAUUUUACAACUUCAGCAGAGACUAUCUAGUAGAUUCUGCACUGAACACCAAGUACUUACAAGAACAGACUUUUCUUAGCAAUUCUUAUAGAGACAAGAGUUCUACUGGAGAGAAUGCUUCAGAAUUCUAUUAUGCAUAUCAAUUUUGCCCAAUGUCUAAAUUUCGAUUCAUCAUCCUUGAUGCUUAUGAUAUAAGUAUUCUGGGGAGGGACAAAUCUACCAAAAAAUAUCAAGAUUCUCUAAAACUACUGCGAGAAAAAAAUCAAAAUGAGAAUCUGAAUAGUCCAUCAGGUCUUGUUGAAUGUCAGUUUGUGCAGUUCAAUGGAGGAUUCAGUCAAGAACAGCUGGAUUGGCUUGAUGAAGUCCUUACAUAUGCUGAUAAAAAUCAAGAAAGAGCUGUAAUUAUGGGGCACAUACCCAUCCACCCCAAUUCUACAAGUGAUGUCGGCCUGGCUUGGAAUUAUAAAGAUGCCCUUUCUGUCAUCCACUCACAUCACUCUGUGGUGUGCUUUCUUGCAGGCCACCUUCAUUUGGGUGGAUACUGUUUAGACUCUUAUGGAGUUCACCAUGUUACUCUUGAUGGGAUUAUAGAAGCUCCUCCAGAAAGCCAUGCUUUUGGAACUAUACAUGUCUAUCAUGACAGGAUGGUAUUAGAAGGAAGAGGAAGGAUUCCAGAUCGAGUGAUGCAUUACAAAAGUAAUCAGACUUUACACAGAUGAUUGUAUUAGGUCAAUUACUAUUUAAUGCAUUGUGCACUAUGCUGGAGUAACUAUUUGCCUGAAGCUCAUUUCAAUACAUGUUCCACCCAUGGAUUGGCAUGUUCAACUUGAAGUGUCAAGCAAACUAUAUGCCUGCACUGCUUAGUGAGGUGUGGAAAUGUAAUCAAUUACAUUUGAUUCAGUGUU